AUGGUAGCUUCCGCGAACAUCGCCUUGUUAGUUGCCGUGUUCCUGCUAAACUCAGAUCGCAUUCAGAAAGCCAUUGAGAUAUGCAACGAAUGUUUGAUUUUGCUAAAUAACACCGAUCAAAACAGAAAAGACCAAUUUGACUCACCACAGCUACAAUUUUACGGCGCCUUCUAUGAAGUUCUUUUCAGCGCCUAUUGUCGUAUCUCUGACUACAUUAGUGCGGAAAGAUGCGGCAAGAAACUGCUUGUCUUAUACAGCGAGUAUGGUGACUUAGUGAAAGAAGGAAACGUAAGCAUAGCUCUAGCAGAGAUUGCCGAGAGUCUAAUAAAGUUUGCAAAUGCCAAACAACUUUAUGAAAAAGCGGUUAAAAUAAAGAGACAAAGUGGUGAUAAAAUUGGAGAAGCAAACGCCUGCACAAGACUCGGAACUAUGUUAUAUAAACUCGGCGAAAACCUAAAUGCGAAAGAAUAUCUUGAGAAGGCCCUUACCAUAACAACCAAAAUUGGCGACCAAAGAGGAAAAGCAUCCUGUUAUGAAAAACUAGGUAAUGUAUUUGGGUCUCUCGGGCAAUACGACAAGGCUAAAGAGUAUCUCCAAAAGGCGCUUGUCAUCAGAACUGAGAUUGGCGACAGAAAAGGAGAAGCAUCAUGUUAUGGAAACCUAGGUACUGUGUUUCAGUCGCUCGGACAAUACGACAAGGCUAAAGAGUAUCUCCAAAAGGCGCUCGUCAUCAGAACUGAGAUUGGCGAUAGAAAAGGAGAGGCAGCUGAUUACGGAGACCUAGGUACUGUGUUUGAGUCGCUCGGGCAAUACGACAAGGCUAAAGAGUAUCUCCAAAAGGCGCUCGUCAUCAGAACUGAGAUUGGCGACAGAGAAGGAGAAGCGUCAUGUUAUGGAAGCCUAGGUACUGUGUUUCAGUCGCUCGGGAAAUACGAUAAGGCUAAAGAGUAUCAUAAAAAAGCUCUUGUCAUCAGAACUGAGAUUGGCGACAGAAAAGGAGAAGCAUCAUGUUAUGGAAACCUAGGUACUGUGUUUGAGUCCCUCGGGCAAUACGACAAGGCUAAAGAGUAUCUCCAAAAGGCGCUCGUCAUCGAAACUGAGAUUGGCGGCAGAAAAGGAGAAGCAUCAUGUUAUGGAAGCCUAGGUACUGUGUUUUUUUCGCUCGGGCAAUACGACAAGGCUAAAGAGUAUCUCCAAAAGGCGCUUGUCAUCAGAACUGAGAUUGGCGACAGAAAAGGAGAAGCAACAUGUUAUGGAAACCUAGGUACUGUGUUUGAGUACCUCGGGCAAUACGACAAGGCUAAAGAGUAUCUCCAAAAGGCGAUUGUCAUCAAAGCUGAGAUUGGCAACAGAAAAGGAGAAGCAACAUGUUAUGGAAACCUAGGUACUGUGUUUCUUUCGCUCGGGCAAUACGACAAGGCUAAAGAGUAUCUCCAAAAGGCGCUUGUCAUCAGAACUGAGAUUGGCGACAGAAAAGGAGAAGCAACAUGUUAUGGAAACUUAGGUACUGUGUUUGAGUCCCUCGGGCAAUACGACAAGGCUAAAGAGUAUCUCCAAAAGGCGAUUGUCAUCAAAGCUGAGAUUGGCAACAGAAAAGGAGAAGCAACAUGUUAUGGAAACCUAGGUACUGUGUUUCACUCGCUCGGGCAAUACGACAAGGCUAAAGAGUAUCUCCAAAAGGCGCUCGUCAUCAGAACUGAGAUUAGCGACAGAGAAGGAGAGGCAGCUGAUUACGGAAACCUAGGUACUGUGUUUGAGUCCCUCGGGCAAUACGACAAGGCUAAAGAGUAUCUCCAAAAGGCGCUCGUCAUCGAAACUGAGAUUGGCGGCAGAAAAGGAGAAGCAUCAUGUUAUGGAAGCCUAGAUACUGUGUUUUUUUCGCUCGGGCAAUACGACAAGGCUAAAGAGUAUCUCCAAAAGGCGCUCGUCAUCAGAACUGAGAUUGGCGACAGAGAAGGAGAGGCAGCUGAUUAGGGAGACCUAGGUACUGUGUUUGAGUCGCUCGGGCAAUACCACAAGGCUAAAGAGUAUCUCCAAAAGGCGCUCGUCAUCAGAACUGAGAUUGGCGACAGAGAAGGAGAAGCGUCAUGUUAUGGAAACCUAGGUACUGUGUUUCAGUCGCUCGGGAAAUACGAUAAGGCUAAAGAGUAUCAUCAAAAAGCUCUUGUCAUCAGAACUGAGAUUGGCGACAGAAAAGGAGAAGCAACAUGUUAUGGAAACCUAGGUACUGUGUUUGAGUCGUUCGGGCAAUACGACAAGGCUAAAGAGUAUCUCCAAAAGGCGCUCGUCAUCAGAACUGAGAUUGGCGACAGAGAAGGAGAGGCAGCUGAUUACGGAAACCUAGGUAUUGUGUUUGAGUCGCUCGGGCAAUACGACAAGGCUCAAGAGUAUCUCCAAAAGGCGCUUGUCAUCAGAACUGAGAUUGGCGACAGGAAAGGAGAAGCAUCAUGUUAUGGAAACCUAGGUACUGUGUUUCUGUUCUUCGGGCAAUACGACAAGGCUAGAGAGUAUCUCCAAAAGGCGCUCGUCAUCAGAACUGAGAUUGGCGACAGAGAAGGAGAGGCAGCUGAUUACGGAAACCUAGGUACUGUGUUUGAGUCGCUCGGGCAAUACUACAAGGCUAAAGAGUAUCUCCAAAAGGCGCUUGUCAUCAGAACUGAGAUUGGCGACAGAAAAGGAGAAGCAUCAUGUUAUGGAAACCUAGGUACUGUGUUUCAGUCGCUCGGGCAAUACGACAAGGCUAAAGAGUAUCUCCAAAAGGCGCUCGUCAUCAGAACUGAGAUUGGCGAUAGAAAAGGAGAGGCAGCUGAUUACGGAAACCUAGGUACUGUGUUUGAGUCGCUCGGGCAAUACGACAAGGCUAAAGAGUAUCUCCAAAAGGCGCUCGUCAUCAGAACUGAGAUUGGCGACAGAAAAGGAGAAGCGUCAUGUUAUGGAAACCUAGGUACUGUGUUUCAGUCGCUCGGGAAAUAAGAUAAGGCUAAAGAGUAUCAUCAAAAAGCUCUUGUCAUCAGAACUGAGAUUGGCGACAGAAAAGGAGAAGCAUCAUGUUAUGGAAACCUUGGUACUGUGUUUGAGUCGCUUGGGCAAUACGACAAGGCUAAAGAGUAUCUCCAAAAGGCGCUUGUCAUCAGAACUGAGAUUGGCGACAGAGAAGGAGAGGCAGCUGACUACGGAAACCUAGGUACUGUGUUUGAGUCGCUCGGGCAAUACGACAAGGCUAAAGAGUAUCUCCAAAAGGCGCUUGUCAUCAGAACUGAGAUUGGCGACAGAGAAGGAGAGGCAGCUGAUUACGGAAACCUUGGUACUGUGUUUGAGUCGCUCGGGCAAUACGACAAGGCUCAAGAGUAUCUCCAAAAGGCGCUUGUCAUCAGAACUGAGAUUGGCGACAGAAAAGGAGAAGCAUCAUGUUAUGGAAACCUAGGUACUGUGUUUCGGUUGCUCGGGCAAUACGACAGGGCUAAAGAGUAUCUCCAAAAAGCGUUUGUCAUCAGAACUGAGAUUGGCGACAGAGAAGGAGAGGCAGCUGAUUACGGAAACCUAGGUACUGUGUUUGAGUCGCUCGGGCAAUACUACAAGGCUAAAGAGUAUCUCCAAAAGGCGAUUGUCAUCAAAGCUGAGAUUGGCAACAGAAAAGGAGAAGCAACAUGUUAUGGAAACCUAGGUACUGUGUUUCAGUUCCUCGGGCAAUACGACAAGGCUAAAGAGUAUCUCCAAAAGGCGCUCGUCAUCAGAACUGAGAUUGGCGACAGAGAAGGAGAGGCAGCUGAUUACGGAAACCUAGGUACUGUGUUUGAGUCACUCGGGCAAUACGACAAGGCUAAAGAGUAUCUCCAAAAGGCGCUUGUCAUCAGAACUGAGAUUGGCGACAGAAAAGGAGAAGCAUCAUGUUAUGGAAACCUAGGUAUUGUGUUUCAGUCGCUCGGGAAAUACGACAAGGCCAAAGAGUAUUUCGAGAAGGCGCUUGUUAUCACAACUAAAAUUGGCGACAGAAAUGGAGAAGCAUCUUGUCAUGGAAACCUAGUUAAUGUGUUUCGGUCGCUCAGGCAAUACGACAAGGCUAAAGAGUAUCUCCAAAAGGCGAUUGUCAUUAAAGCUGAGAUUGGCGACAGGAAAGGAGAAGCAUCAUGUUAUGGAAACCUAGGUGCUGUGUUUCUUUCGCUCGGGCAAUACGACAAGGCUAAAGAGUAUCUCCAAAAGGCGCUUGUCAUCAAAACUGAAAUUAGUGAUAAGCGAGGUGAAGCAGUAGAUCUUGCAAACCUUGGAAGUGUGUUUAGAACUGUUGGAGAUUAUGAAGAUUCGGAAGUAUGCUUGAAGAAAGCUUUAUCCAUAUCCAGAGAUAUUGGUGAUAGAAAAAGCGAGUUCCAAAUCCUUAGAGAGUACGCCAUUUUGUAUCUAUUUCAAUGUAAAAUCGAAGACUCCCUUACGUGUCUUCGUCUUUGCAUAAAAAUUUAUGAUGAGCUAAGAUAUUUCUUAGGCGCCAAUGAUGAGUUCAAAACAUCAUUUCUGGAGGACUCAGGAAUAUUUCCCUACAAGCUGCUUUGUAAUUUGCUUUGUGCCACCGGAAAUGUGCGGGAUGCUCUUUAUGUUGAGGAGUUAAGUCGAGCUAGAGGCCUAUCAGACUUGAUGGCAGAGAAGUACUCGCUUGAAACGCACAUUUCUGCUAAUCCACAAUCUUGGUUUAGCAUUGAGAACAUUUUUAGAAAGAAAAAUAACUGUACUUGUCUGUACAUUUCUUAUUUUCACAAUUGUCUGCAUUUGUGGAUCUUGAAAACAAGUGGAGUCCUUCACUAUAAAGCAAUAUCACUAGAAGAGUAUCUAGUUCAGGCUGGGUUGGCCAAAGAUUUGCCUCUGAGUAAAUUUUUGACUGAUAAUCUCCAGAGUCUUGGUAAUUUACCAAUUGAAGAUUGUGAAGAUCGGUCUUUAAAUAUGGUUGAAUUGCAACCUCUUUCCCCCGAGAAAAAGAGCUCAGCAAGAUUGCGACUCUUGGAGGAGGACGAGGAAGUCAUUUCAAGUCUAUCUUUGUGUUACAAAAUGUUUAUUGCCCCCGUUUAUGAUUUGCUUGAGGAGCCUGAAGUCAUUAUUGUCCCUGACCGCAGUUUGUACAAAGUUCCCUUUGCUGCCCUAAGUGAAACGGAGGGAGCCGAGUACCUGUCGGAGACUCAUAGGAUCCGUAUCAUUCCUUCUUUGACGACACUCAAGAUCAUUCAAGAUAGUCCAGAGGACUAUCACAGCAACACUGGUGCCUUGAUAAUAGGCAAUCCCAAGGUUCAUUGGCUGCUGCCAUUGCCAGGUGCAAGAAAGGAAGCCGAGAUGGUCGGACAACUGGUUGGUGUUUCGCCUCUGCUAGAAAAGGAAGCAACGAAGCGGGCGGUACUUGAGCGCAUAAGUUCAGUGAGCUUGAUACAUUUUGCUGCCCAUGGUAACGCCGAAAGGGGAGAAAUUGCCCUUUCCUCCAUUCCUAUUGCCAACAGUCGAAACGAUAUCCCACCAAAGGAAGCUUACAUGUUGACGAUGGCUGAUGUCUCACAAGUGAAAGUCAGAGCUAAACUGGUGGUACUUAGCUGCUGUCACAGUGGAAGUGGAGAGAUAAGAGCCGAGGGAAUUAUAGGAAUUGCCCGUGCGUUCUUAGGAUCCGGAGCUCGUUCGGUGUUGGUUGCGCUGUGGGCCAUUUCAGACAAAGCAACAGAGCAGCUGAUGAGUCGGUUCUACGAACACCUUGUUGAAGGAGAAAGUGCCAGUGAAUCCCUUCAUCAGGCCAUGAAGUGGAUGAGAAAAAAGGGCCCUGCCCAAGUGUCUGAGUGGGCUUCGUUUACGCUGAUUGGAGAUGACGUGAGGCUCGAUUUUGACAAGCAGAGGUAA